CGGCACUAUCCGUGAAACGGACUCCGAUACCCAACUCUAAACUUUUUUCGGGAUGUUCUCUGUUCGCUCCGUUUCCGUUUUCGUUAUUUUAGUCCAUUUUUGCCCUUCACACGUCUGGCUGGCUUUGAUAAUACAAGGUUGGAAACCGCGGGGAUCUUACCGGGAUCGAGCUGGCCUUUCUCCCGCUGUGGAAACAAUCAACAAUGCACAUGAAACGACCGACCGGAAAGCUCUCCAUUCAAGUGUACUAUAUCAAACAAGAUGACGGUGAUUCGAUCGCCUUUAGAUUCCAGCUGCCUCUCGCUGCGGCUGAGGAGUAUUUUCGAUUUAUUAUUAAUGAUAUAUAUACUGUACUUAGUGU